GUCCGGACGUACCGGGUUUACGUAACGCACUUUCAGGGGGAGCCUACUCUCAUGUAACAUGCGUGUCCGACCAAGUUACGACACCUAACUGGGCACUGCAGCUUUUUAAGGAGAGGAGAAGCAGCCUGCCUCCCGGUAAACCAUGGAAAAAGUCCGCAAAGAUGCCAGGAAGAACCCCGCGGGGACGGCCAACGUCCUAUCUAAGAUCUUUUUCUGUUGGCUGAACCCUCUGUUCAGCAUCGGCUACAAACGCAGGCUGGAGGAAGAAGACAUGUACGAAGUGCUCCCUGAGGACAGGUCGGAGGUGCUGGGACAGCAGCUGCAAAGCUAUUGGGAUUGGGAGGUGCAGAGAGCGACCAAAGAGAUGCGGACGCCAGGACUAACCAAAGUCAUCAUACGGUGCUACUGGAAAUCCUAUGGACUGCUGGGUUUCUUUACACUUUUUGAGGAGACCAUAAGAGUGACCCAGCCAGUUUUUCUGGGAAAAGUGAUUGAGUACUUUGAGAACUACGAUCCAGAUAAUAAAACGGCUUUAUACGAAACUCUGGGCUAUGCAGCGGGGCUUUCCAUCUGCACCAUUGGCCUAGCAGUGAUCCAUCACCUCUACUUCUACUACGUACAGAGGGCCGGCAUGAAGAUCAGAGUGGCCAUGUGUCACAUGAUCUAUAAAAAGGCUCUGUGUCUGAGCAGUUCAGCCAUGGGAAAGACCACCACAGGCCAGAUAGUCAACCUCUUGUCCAAUGACGUUAACAAGUUUGAUGAGGUCACCAUAUUCCUGCACUUCCUGUGGGUGGGCCCCCUUCAGGCAGCUGCAGUUGUGGGUCUGCUGUGGGGUGAAAUCGGCCCCUCCUGUUUGGCGGGGAUGGUGGUCCUCUUGUUCCUGAUGCCCACUCAAACCAUGUUUGGUAAACUCUUCUCCAAGUUCAGGAGUAAGACCGCCAUUCUAACAGAUAGCCGAAUCCGGACGAUGAACGAGGUAGUGUCAGGAAUGAGGAUCAUCAAGAUGUACGCCUGGGAGAAACCUUUUGCUGCUCUGGUCUCUGAGGUCAGAAGGAAGGAGAUCUCCAAGAUCAUGAAGAGCUCCUACCUGCGAGGUCUCAACAUGGCCUCUUUUUUCUGUGCUAGCAAGAUCAUCGUUUUCGUCACAUUCACCCUCUACGUGCUGCUGGGCAACACCAUCUCUGCCAGCCGCGUUUUUGUGACCGUGUCGCUGUACUCAGCGGUGCGGCUCACCGUCACGCUCUUCUUCCCCAGUGCCAUCGAAAAGCUGUUCGAGAGCCGCGUCAGCAUCCGGAGGAUUCAGGAGUUCUUGCUGCUGGAUGAGAUAAAAAAAACCAGCACUGUUCUGUCAAAGGAGGAGAAGGAGGAUACUGGUGUGGAGAUUAAUGAUCUUACCUGCUACUGGGACAAGAAUUUAGAUGCUCCGACUUUGCAGAACAUCUCCCUUUCCCUGGACUCUAAUCGGUUGUUGGCUGUUAUUGGACCAGUUGGAGCUGGAAAGUCUUCGCUGUUGAGCUCAAUCCUGGGUGAGCUCCCUUCAGAGAAAGGGGACCUGAGAGUCAGAGGUCAGCUGACCUACGCAGCUCAGCAGCCCUGGGUGUUUCCUGGAACCAUUCGCAGCAACAUCUUGUUCGGAAAAGAUCUAGAACCUCAGAAGUAUGAAAGAGUCAUCAAAGCUUGUGCUCUGAAAAGGGACCUGGAGCUGCUCCCAGACGGGGAUCUGACUGUGAUCGGGGACAGAGGGGCCACGCUCAGCGGGGGACAAAAAGCCCGAGUCAACCUGGCCAGGGCUGUAUAUCAGGAUUCAGACAUUUACCUCCUGGAUGAUCCUUUAAGUGCUGUGGACGCCGAGGUUGGCAGACACCUCUUUGAACAGUGUAUCUGUGGGGCUCUGAAGGGCAAACCUCGUAUCCUGGUUACCCACCAGCUGCAGUACCUGAAGGCGGCAGACGAGAUUCUAGUCCUCAAAGAGGGUCACUUGGUGGCGAAAGGACCCUACAACGAGCUGCAGCGCUCUGGGGUGGACUUCACUUCCCUGCUAAAGAAGGAAGAGGAAGAAGAUCAGCAGCAAAUACCUCCUCAAGAUGUUCCUGCUAGGAUCAGAACUCUGUCCCAGAACUCGACUCUCUCCCAUACCUCCUCGGUUCAUUCGGUCAAAGAUGGAGACCAUUUACCGGCAGAAGCAGUGCAAACGGUACCAGAGGAGACUCGAGCUCAAGGAACCAUUGGACUGAAACUCUACCUGAAAUACCUGCAAUCUGGAGCAAACAUUUUGGUUCUAAUCUUUGUUUUUGUGCUUAACCUCCUGGCUCAGGUAUCAUAUGUCAUGAAUGACUGGUGGCUGGCCUACUGGGCAGGACAGCAAGACAAGCUAACCAGCAGCAUCAACAGCAGCAUGGCUGUAAACGGAUCCAAUGUGACCGAGUUGGAUUUAGAUUUCUACCUCGGUGUUUAUGGAGGUUUAACUGCAUCCACCAUCCUGUUUGGGUUCAUGAGAAACAUCAUCUUGUUUACGGUUUUGGUGAAAUCUGCUCAGAGCCUCCAUAACAGCAUGUUUAACGCCAUCCUCAGAGCUCCUGUACGCUUCUUUGACAUAAACCCCAUCGGAAGAGUGUUGAACAGGUUUUCCAAGGACAUCGGUCAGGUGGACAACAUGCUGCCUUGGACAUUUACAGACUUAAUUCAGUUGUUGCUGCAGAUCGUUGGUGUGAUCGCUGUAGCCGCCUCCGUGAUCCCGUGGAUCCUCAUCCCGGUCGUCCCGCUCCUCGUGGUGUUCCUCUUCCUACGCCGUUACUUCCUGCAGACUUCCAGAGAGGUCAAGCGCCUUGAAUCCACCACCCGCAGUCCCGUCUUCUCCCACCUGUCGUCGUCUCUUCAGGGGCUCUGGACCAUCCGGGCAUUCGGAGCAGAGGAGAGGUUCCAACAAAUAUUCGACGCUCAUCAGAAUCUACACUCAGAGGCCUUUUUCCUGUUCCUGACAACCUCUCGCUGGUUUGCCGUCCGUCUCGAUGGGAUGUGCUCCUUCUUCGUCACCAUAACCACGUUUUUGUGCCUGUUGCUCAGAGAUCAGCUGGAUGCUGGUUCUGUUGGUUUGGCUCUGAGCUACGCAGUCACCCUGAUGGGAAUGUUCCAGUGGGGCGUCCGGCAGAGCGCUGAGGUGGAGAACAUGAUGACCUCGGUGGAGAGAGUGGUGGAGUACACUGAUCUAGAGAGCGAAGCACCCUGGGAAACCCAGAAGCGCCCUCCUCCUGAUUGGCCGAGCAAAGGCCUCGUGACCUUUGACCGCGUCAGCUUCUCUUACAGCGAUGACAGUCCCCAGGUGCUGCACAGCCUCCAGGCCAUGUUCAAACCCAAAGAGAAGGUGGGGAUCGUUGGGAGAACCGGUGCGGGGAAAAGCUCUCUGGUCUCGGCUCUGUUCCGCUUGGCGGAACCUCAGGGUAAAAUCUACAUCGACGGGGUGGUGACCUCAUACAUCGGCCUCCAUGACCUGCGGCAGAAGAUGUCCAUCAUUCCUCAGGACCCUGUGCUGUUUACUGGCUCCAUGAGGAAGAACUUGGACCCCUUCAACCAACACACAGAUGAAGAACUGUGGAACGCCCUGCAGGAGGUGCAGCUUAAGUCUGUGGUGGAGGAGCUGCCAGGGAAGCUGGAGACGGUUCUGGCCGAGUCCGGCUCCAACUUCAGCGUGGGUCAGAGGCAGCUGGUGUGUCUCGCUAGAGCCAUCCUGAGGAGGAACCGCAUCCUCAUCAUUGACGAGGCCACAGCUAACGUGGACCCCAGGACAGACGACCUGAUCCAGAAAACCAUACGGGACAAGUUCAGAGAAUGCACUGUGCUCACCAUCGCUCAUCGCCUCAACACCAUCAUAGACAGCGACCGCAUACUGGUUCUGGAUGCAGGCCAGAUCCACGCAUACGACGAGCCUUACGUCCUGCUACAAGACACUAAAGGCAUCUUCUAUAAAAUGGUGCAGCAGACUGGAAAGCAGGAGGCGGCGGCGCUACUAGAAGCAGCCAAAAGGGCGUACGACGGCAGGAGCCGUCCCAGCAUACCGAACGGACACGCAGAAACGGCAGCUGGAAACUUGGUGAUCUUUGAGACGGCUAUGUGAGCGUAGAGAUGCGACGCUGCUUCUAUGCCAGGAGAGAACAGAGACGGGCCGGUCCGUUCUGUGGCGCUGAUCCACUGCAGAGAG